AAAAAGCAAUCAAACCAAAUCUACACCUAAUUUCAUUACCAUUUCUAUCCAACUUCCCAUGCUACACUAAUCCCAACAAACCCAUUUUCACACCUUCAACUUCAACAAUGGCAAACACAACAACCACCACCAUCACAACAGGAUCCACCGUAGAAGUAACCAUCAACGAGCCCGGAUUCCACGGUGCAUGGUACGUAGCCACCAUUCAAAACAUACUAGAACAAAACACACCCAAAAACAAGACCAAAAAGUUGAACAACAAAACCAGCUACUUAGUGAAGUACCAUACAUUGUUGAAAGAAGAUGAUGUGUUCCAGCCGUUGACUGAGGUGGUUGACUCUUUGUUUGUGAGACCUUUGCCUCCUGGUAAUGUUUGUAGGAACAAUGAUGAUAAUGUUAAGGUUGUUGAGGUGGUGGAGGGUGAUGGUGGUGGUGGUGGGGGGUUUGAGGUGGGUGAUGUGGUGGAUGCUUAUCAUAGAGAUGGGUGGUGGAUUGGUGUGGUGAAAAGUGUGAGUGUUGAUGAGGGUGGUGUGAAGAAGUAUGUUGUUUUGUUUGAGAAUCCUCUUGAGGAGUUUGAGUUUGAGGGGUGUAAGUUGAGGUUUCAUGUUGACUGGGUUGACUUUCGUUGGAUGGUCCCACCCAAGAAGACUCCAGAGCAGUUAUUAGGUGAUAAAAAUGCUACAGACGAUGCUCUUUCACGCUUUAUUACACCAUCUAAAAGAGCUCAAACAACUAAAACCGUUGGCCCUUCACAUUCUUCUAAAAAGAACAGUCGUUCGCGAGAAAGAUCGGAAAGUAAUUCUGCUGUGGAUAGUUCAUGUGGAAAAAGGUCCCAACCUUCGGCAGGUAGCAAGGGAAACACAAAAGUUAUUGUGUCUAAUGAUACUCAUCAAGAUUCACCUCCUGUGGAACACCAAAUAAUCGUCACACAAACCCGUGAAUCGGAGGAUGGCACGAGUCAUCAGAAAAAGAAGCGGAGAACACCACCAAAGUCCGUGGCUAAAAAGCCAACUGCUUUAAUAGAAGGAAGUUCCACUCUUAGUCCUCCUGACCACCAUGGUAACUCGCUGGAACAAGCCACUACACGAACCACCACGGACUACCAACAAGAUUGGCCUUUUAUCAAGCGGUCUCCAAUGUGGGCCAUCAUUGAGUUAUACUCUCAAAAGCCACACUUUGCGCCACUAAAGGAAAUGAACGAGGAUUGUCGUGAGGGUUUAGCCAUUGCUCAUUUCGUCACAUUUGGGAAUCUUGUUCAACGUCUUCCUGACUUAAAGCCGAAUGAUCCUGUUGACAUAAUCAACAACAGUUUAGAAACGUUAAGCGACUUGGAAACUCAUGGGUUUGACGUGGGUCCGGUUAGAGGGCGUUUAAACCAAUUGCUAUCUUUGAAAACCAAAAUGUGUCGGCACCAGGAUACGCUUAAAGAAGUUGAAAAAGAGAUUGAAACAUGCAAACACGAGAAGUCUAUGGUGGAGAAAGAGAUCGAUGAGUUAAAAGAGAAGACACGCGCGUUGCAAUCAAAGUCGGAGCAGAUUGCGACUAAGCAGAAGGCGAAGGAGGAAGAACUUAUGAGGAUGCAAACAAAUGAUUUGGAGGUUGAUUUUGAAAAACUUGCAGCCACUCCUUUGUAAGAAAGCUCUUCUUUUGGUGUUGUACUUGGAUGGAAAACUGCUUUUGAUAAUAAAACAAGCCACUAUUAA